UCCAGUAGCUGCCAGCUCCGUGCCAGAGACGGGCUCUGUGUCUCGGACAAGGUGCUUGGCUCCUGUUCACCCUGCCUGUUUGCACAGUGACUGGGCCUGAUCGGAUGUGUGCCGAGGUUCACAGUGGAUGGUGCACUGCUGACGUGUGAGCACGGCUGGAUGCAGCGGUCAUGGAGGUCCAGGCCCAGGGAGGCGAGCGGGCGCGAUUGGCCAUGGAGGGGGCUCUCACUGCGAGGGACCGUGUGGGAGUGCAGGACUUCGUCCUGUUGGAGAGUUUCACCAGCGAGGCUGCCUUCAUUGAAAACCUACGCAAGCGCUUCAAGGAAAGCCUGAUCUACACGUACAUCGGCUCAGUGCUGGUGUCGGUGAACCCGUACCGGGAGCUGGAGAUCUACAGCCGGCAACACAUGGAACGGUACCGCGGCGUCAACUUCUACGAAGUCUCGCCCCACAUCUAUGCCAUCUCAGACAACUCUUACCGCUCGAUGCGUUCGGAGGGCAAGGACCAGUGCAUCCUGAUCUCCGGGGAGAGUGGGGCCGGGAAGACCGAAGCCUCCAAGAAGAUCCUGCAGUAUUACGCAGUGACGUGCCCCAGCAGUGACAGGGUGGAGACGGUGCGAGACCGACUGCUUCAGUCUAACCCCGUUCUGGAGGCGUUCGGAAAUGCAAAGACUCUCCGUAAUGAUAAUUCGAGCAGGUUCGGCAAGUACAUGGACGUCCAGUUCGACUUCAGGGGAGCACCGGUGGGAGGUCACAUCCUGAACUACCUGCUGGAGAAGUCCCGGGUUGUUCAUCAGAACCACGGCGAGAGGAAUUUCCACAUCUUCUACCAGGUGAUUGAGGGAGGCGACAAUGACCUUCUUCAACGGCUUGGCCUGGAGCGCAAUCCACAGAGCUACCAGUACCUCGUCAAGGGUCACUGUGCCAAGGUCAGUUCCAUCAAUGAUAAGAACGACUGGAAGACCGUACACCGAGCCCUGUCUGUCAUCAACUUCAGCAGCACUGACAUCGAGGAGCUGCUGAAUGUCGUGGCGAGUGUCCUUCACCUGGGAAACCUGCAGUGCCUGGCAGACGACGAUGGGAAUGCGACCGUUAACGGGGAGAACCAGAUACGCCUGCUUUCUCGGUUGCUGGGUGUUCCUGGUCCAACCCUGCGGGAGGCCCUGAUCCACAAGAAGAUCACUGCCAAGGGAGAGGAGUUGAUCAGCCCCCUGAACGUCGAGCAGGCAGCCUACGCACGGGAUGCUCUGGCAAAGGCAGUCUACGGACGGACCUUCUCUUGGCUGGUGAACAAGAUCAACGAGUCCCUUGCUCACCAGGACUCCACGUACUCAGAGAACUACAGACCCAAUGUCAUCGGGCUGCUGGACAUCUACGGGUUUGAAGUGUUUCAGCACAACAGCUUCGAGCAGUUCUGUAUCAAUUACUGCAACGAGAAGUUGCAGCAGCUUUUCAUCGAGCUGACACUGAAAUCUGAACAGGAGGAGUACGAGUCGGAGGGAAUCGCGUGGGAACCCGUUCCAUACUUCAACAACAAGAUCAUUUGUGACCUGGUGGAAGAGAAGCACAAAGGGAUCAUCUCCAUCAUGGACGAGGAGUGUUUAAGACCUGGUGAUGCGACUGAUUUGACCUUCCUGGAGAAGCUGGAGGAGACGGUGGGAUCCCACCCCCACUUCACGACACACAAGCUGGCGGACCAGAAGACGCGGAAGACCCUGGGCCGGGAGGAUUUCCGCCUGCUACACUAUGCGGGUGAGGUGAAUUACAAUGUGACAGGAUUUCUCGACAAGAACAAUGACCUCCUGUUCCGGAAUCUGAAGGAGGCGAUGUGUGACUCCGGGAAUCGCAUCGUUAGUCAAUGCUUCCCGCCGGCCGGGCCCGAGGACAAGAAGAGGCCGGAGACGGCCGCCACCCAGUUUAAGAACAGCCUGGCGAAGCUGAUGGAGAUCCUGAUGUCGAAAGAUCCAUCCUAUGUGCGCUGCAUCAAACCCAACGAUGCCAAGCAGUCAGGCAGGUUUGAUGAAGUUCUGAUCAGACAUCAGGUCAAGUAUCUCGGUCUGAUGGAAAACCUGCGGGUACGCAGAGCUGGGUUUGCAUACCGGCGAAGAUUCGAGAUCUUCCUGCAGAGGUACAAGUCUCUCUGCCCUCAGACGUGGCCCAACUGGAGAGGGCAGCCUGCCGACGGGGUGGCAACGCUGGUACAACACCUCGGAUACAAGCCAGAAGAUUACAAGCUCGGCAGAACGAAGAUAUUCAUCCGUUUUCCCAAAACCCUGUUUGCCACAGAGGAUGCCUUCCAGCUGCAGAAGAACUCCAUUGCCACGAAGAUCCAGGCGGAAUGGCGCGGAUUCCACCAGAGGCAGAAAUAUCAGAAGCUGCGGUCCUCAGCAAUCACCAUCCAGUCGUGGUGGAGAGGGGAGAUGGGACGCCGUGUGGCGACGCGCAGGAGAAACGCUGCAAACACCAUCCGCAGGUUUAUCAAGGGUUUCAUUAAUCGGCACAAACCGCGCUGUCCAGAGAAUGAGUAUUUUGUGGAUUAUGUCAGAUGCUCCUUCUUGAUGAAUUUGAAACGCAACUUGCCAAAGAACGUUCUGGAUAAGUCGUGGCCAGUGCCUCCUCCAGCUCUCUCUGAGGCCUCUGAGCUGCUGAGGGAGCUACACAUGAAGAACAUGGUCCAGAUCUACUGCAAGAAGAUUACUCCAGAGUGGAAGCAACAGCUGGAGCAGAAGGUUGUGGCAAGUGCACUUUUCAAGGACAGGAAGGACAACUAUCCCCAAAGUGUGGCCAAGCUCUUCGCCGACUCCCGGAUCACGACGAACGAGAUCAACUCGAAGGUGCUGCAGGUGAUCGAGAAAGACAGCAUUAAAUAUGCGGUGGCGGUGACAAAGUACGAUCGGAACGGUUACCGGGCACGGCCUCGCCAGCUGCUGAUCGCCACAGGCAGUGCCUACCUCGUAGAGGAGGGCAAACUCAAACAGACCAUUGAUUACUCCAAACUCAAAGGAAUAUCAGUCAGUUCACUCAGUGACGGCCUCUUCGUGCUGCACGUUCCCUGUGAGGACAAUCGGCAGAAGGGUGACCUGGUGUUGCGGAGUGAUCACGUGAUCGAGACGCUGACCAAACUGGCUAUGGAGUCAGACAAGGUCAACAGUGUCAACGUCAACCAGGGGAGCAUUAAAUUUACCAUUAAGCAAGGCAAAGAGGGCGUCAUUGACUUCACGUCGGGGUCCGAGCUGAUCAUUUCCAAAGCAAAGAACGGACAUCUGUCUGUGGUGGCUCCACGCCUGAACUCCAGAUGACGGUGGGUAGGGAUCGCGACGGCCACCCGACGCACGCACGGUCCGAUGAACGGCUGCACUCCACAGACAGGAGUCGGAGAGUUCACCGGUGAGACAUUCGAGAUGCUGGCCUUCGUCACACACCUACACAAACUGUGCUCACCACGACUGCCAAAGUCUGUGCUUCCAGCUGGGGACUCUCAUUCCCAGUUCAUACAUUAAUCACGCAAAAUAAAUUUAAUGGAAGUUUAUAUUAAAGAGUAUUUGCCAUUAUCAAGGACUCACCAAGUUUAAUCACUCUCCUGCCUCUGUGCACAACGGUGCUUUAAGGAAAACAGUAUAACCUCUCUGUCUCUCUGCCAAAGCCACUGUGCUUCACACUGCCUCAGACCCAGUGUCUGCUGCCCUCUGGGAAAUGGUGACUGAUUCUCCCACCCCUACCCUCAUGACCAUCUCCACACUGCUGGGCCUUCACUCAGCUGCCCCAAGGAGAUUGCAUCCUGGUGGGCUGGGGUGGCCCUAGUGGUCUCAUGGACCUCCUCAGUGGAGGGUCCAUCGUCACUGGCAUCCCAGGGCGAACAUCCUGUUAAUGGGCACUUCCUCAUUGACCAUUAGACAUAGGAGCAGGAUCAGGCCAUUCAGCCCAUCGCGUCUGCUCCACCAUUCCAUUAUGGCUGAUUUAUUAACCCCCUCAACCCCAUUCUCCUGUCUUCUCCCCGUAACCCUUGAGUCCCUACCUAAUCAACAAUUUAUCAACCUAUACCCAAGGACUUGGCCUCCACUGUUAUCUGUGACAAUGAAUUCCACAGAUUCACCAUCCUCUGGCUAAAGAAAUCCCUCCUCAUCUCUGUCCUAAAGGGACGUCCUUGUAUUCUGAGGCUGUGCCCUCAGGUCCUAGACUCUCCCACCCGCUCUAUCCAGGCCUUUCAAUAUUCGAUAGGUUUCAAUUAAACCCCCCCCCCCCCAUUCUUCUAACCUCCAAUGAGUACAGGCCUGGAGCCAUCAAAUGUUUCUAAUGUGUUAAUCCUUUCAUUCCUGGGAUCAUUCUUGUGAAUCUCCUCUCCAAUGUCAGCACAUCCUUCCUGAGAUAAGGGGCCCAGAACUGCUCACAAUACUCCAAGUGAGGUCUGACAAUUGCCUUAUAAACCCUCAGCUCUCCACAGUUGUUCAGUCACUGUGGGUACACCAGCUCCAUCAGGUCAACUGAGUCUGCCACAGUACAGCGACCUCGUGUGCUCAUCUGACUCUCCCUCUUCCCAUUUAAUGACACCGCCCCCACAACAGAAUCACGCGUUGGUGACCCACCCUAUCCUCUAAAGUGGGCAGUUGGUGACCUCCCACCAUGGGAGGGAGAGUUACUGUGAUGAUGUAAGUAGGGGAGAGGGGACGGGGAUAUCUCCUGGUGAGGAUGCACUGCAGGAGAGUGGAGAUGUCUGCUCUCCCCAGCAUCCAGACAUGCGUCUGCUCUUUCCAUCCACCACAGAAAGUACAGAUAUCUGGUCUCCACACUCACCACAGAGGGUACAGAUGUCUAGUCUCCCCCAGAAUGAACAGUGUGUCUGGUCUCCCCCAGAAUGAACGGUGUGUCUGGUCUCCCCCAGACUGAACGGUGUGUCUGGUCUCCCCCAGACUGAACGGUGUGUCUGGUCUCCCCCAGACUGAACGGUGUGUCUGGUCUCCCCCAGAAUGAGCGGUGUGUCUGGUCUCCCCCAGACUGAGCGGUGUGUCUGGUCUCCCCCAGACUGAACGGUGUGUCUGGUCUCCCCCAGACUGAACGGUGUGUCUGGUCUCCCCCAGAAUGAACGGUGUGUCUGGUCUCCCUCAGACUGAACGGUGUGUCUGGUCUCCCCCAGAAUGAACGGUGUGUCUGGUCUCCCCCAGAAUGAACGGUGUGUCUGGUCUCCCCCAGAAUGAACGGUGUGUCUGGUCUCCCCAGACUGAACGGUGUGUCUGGUCUCCCCCAGAAUGAGCGGUGUGUCUGGUCUCCCCAGCAUGUAGACAUACGUAUGGUCUCCCCAUCCACCACGGAAAUGGCAGAUGUCUGGUUUCCCUAGCAUGUAGACCUAUGACUAGUCUUCUCUCCCCCCGCCCCCCCCCCCGGCUGGUUGUCUGGGUUUGAACGCAGAGAGCUUGGGUAGACAGGGCCCAAAGGUGCUGCUGUUGAGACAAAUAGGAGCUGAUCUCACUUGAUUGCUCCAGGAAGGAGGCAUUGGGGGUGGUGGGGGCAACGACUAGGAGUCCCAGUCAGGGACACAUGGGCUUAGUGAGAUAAAGUGAGCCGAGUGGCCUGGCCCUUGGCCCCAGUGACCCAUUCCCAACCUCCCUCAGGGUGUUCCCGACAUUGGGCUGGGUGUGAGGGGCUGGACUGAGGCAUGCAAGGGUGGGGUAGAGGCAGGGGCUGCCUUCAGGCCAAGCCUGCAAUGGGGUGAUAGGCCAAGAGGCUGGAGCCGUUCCCUGGGCAACCCACGUACGGCAGGAGCAUUCUAAAUAAAGUAUACGCAAUGUUAAUUAAAGAUUGUAGUAAUCUUUGUAUGGAUCGAUGUGUCAGACUUGGUUUCAAUAAAACAAUA